CUUCCCUCUCGCUUACAAAUUUUACUUAAUCUCUUCGGUGGUCAAUUAUAUAUCAACUCGAAAGAUAAUUACUAUAAAGUAUGUAAGCUACUAAACUUAUCAUAUAGUCCUACUAGAGGCGGUGUUACCGUGGAGCUAGAUGGAUUCAUUGUUUAG